CACUCGCAGUUUAAAUAGUCACGGCUAUCGUCGCCGCCUUAGACCGUAUAAUAUAACAUAAUAUAGAGAUAAUGAAAAUCAGUCAGUGUUCGGUUUGUGAACUCAAAAGAUGUGAUAUUCGGCUUACGUGGUCGCUCUUUUUUUUUUUUAAUUUCUCAGUGCGCCCUAACAGUGCUAUUAACGAUUUGUCUUAAUAUUAUAUUGUUGUGUACAAAAAAAAAUUCUAAAAACCGGCCGUGCAAACGAUAUUAGAUUUCUUUUUUCGUUUCGUUUCGUAUUUUGGUGUUAAUUAAAAGGUUCGUGAUCAAUCGUUUUACCAACAAAUCGGAUACCAUUGAGCCUCCACCACCGUGUCGGCCCCACAGCCGCCCCGUUAAAUUUUCCAGACCACCUCCCCUGCCCCCGCCGCCAUGGAUUCGCUAAUGCCCACGAUCAAGAUUAGUCUAAUGAUAUCGGCGGGACUUGUGGUGAUGAUGGUUUGUGCGGUUCAGACUACCGUUAUAGCGAUGGCCCCUCUGCUGUCGGCGGUGGCAGACACCAAAAUGUGCCCCAACGGAUGCCUUUGCACGCUCGUGGAAUGGAUAUGUUCUGGCGCCAAUGCCAGCGAAGUGAUCGCCUCCGGAGUAGAUAUCAGACUGUUGCAUUUGGACUUAUCGGGUCUGGGACUGGACUCGAUCCCGGCAAACGUGGAAAAUAUGAACCACGUCAAGCGACUGAACUUGUCACACAAUCACAUCCACGAGAUCCACAAGUUCACAUUGCAAAACCUAUGGGAUCUCGAAGAACUCGUACUGGACCACAACUCGAUUUCGGACAUAGUGUCAAUCAACCCCAGUAUCGCAUUUAACUACAACAAGAAUCUUAAGAUGUUGAACUUGUCGAGCAAUCCGUUGACCGACCUUGGCCGGGACGUAAGCACGAUGCUUUACAGCGAAUCGCUAGAGGUGUUGGACGUCAGCAACUGUCAAAUCAUAUCACUGCUGGGACCGUUGGUGCUCAGCGGACUCAGGAAGUUAAGUUAUCUGAACUUGUCCGGCAACCCGCUGACUCGACUCGACGGAGUGCUGUCCAACACCCUGAAAAUGUUGAACAUCCGAGGCUGUUUGAUCAGUUACCUGAGUACGGACGCUCUGAACGGUUUCUCCAAUCUAGAGGUGUUGGAUGCCUCAGAAAACGUCCAGCUGUACAUGGAAUUCGCCAUACAUUCGACCACUUUGAACAUCUUGGACGUUUCUGAGUGUUCCGUUCGCACACCAAACCUGUACGGUAUGCCUACACUCAAAUCCGCUUUCCUAAACGGCAACCGGAUCAGAAAAUUGGGACCCAAUCAAUUCACUAACAACACAAAUCUAAUAACUCUGGAUCUAUCCGACAACCACAUUGAAUAUAUGGAUCCUCGUGCAUUCAACGGUUUGAAGUCUCUUCGUUACUUAGACUUGUCGAAAAACAUGAUCACAGACAUCUGGUGGGAAUCGAUCAUUAUUAAUCUGCCUAUAUUGGAAGAGCUGAAUUUGUCCUACAACACCAUCACUCGGAUCGGCUAUCUCCGGUCGAAUCAUCUGCGGAAGUUAGACUUGAGCAACUGUUUAGUCCGAUGGUUACCCAGAGAAGGAUUCAACGAACUAAGCUCGCUCAACGAACUCAUUCUAGCCAACAACCCGUUACAUUCGCUGUUGCCGGGAAGUCUGAACUCGACCGAACUUUCAAUACUGGAUCUCAGCUACUGUCGGAUAUCCCAUCUGUUACCAUCCGAGUUUGCCAGUUCGCCAAAUCUUAGCGAAAUCAGACUGACAGGCAAUCGUCUGGUAACGAUAAAAAACGGAACGUUCUCCAAGUGUCCAAAACUUAAGGCGGUUUACUUGGACGACAACCCGUGGCGAUGUGACUGCUUCACGUCCGACUUUGCGUACAUGGCGUACAUUACCAAUCGAACCACCCAGUAUUCCACACUUACCAGGAAUCCGCAUUGUCUGACACCGGACAACGUGACAGGCGUGCCGUGGCACGUGGCGUGCGUCAACAGCACGGCGUACGGGUUUUACCGGGAGAACCGGAAGAACUUCUCGAUGGCCAUCGGCGUCAUCCUCAUACUGUGCGUUUCCGGGCUGAUGGCUAUAUUCGUGGCCGUGCACGAGAACAUGAAGACCAGACAGGCGAUGCGCAGGCAGCGGGAAAUGGACGAGUACGUGGAGGGCGAGCUGGGCCUGGACCCGGCCGUCUACGCGGACGAGUAUUCCGAAUCGGCCCGAAAGUUGUCGCAGCUGCCGUCGUAUGACGAGGCUAUCAUGCUGCCAAAGCCCCAGGCACAGCUACUGAAACGGAACAGCUGUACGCAAACGGACGAGGACGAAAUCGCGGCCAUCGUGGCCGGCUGUUCCAUGCUGUUACGGGAAACGAACGAGGAAUCGCAGCUGCAGCACAAGCGCAACGUUAGCGUGGGCGUGGACAGGGGCAUCACGGACGCCAGCCGGUGUCCGGCCGGCCGCAGGGGCAGACGGGGCGGUGGCCCCGUGGAAAACCGGAACAACCGCCACCACCCCACCGCCGGUGUACACAUGACCCAGCUGUAGUAAAGUAUAUGAGCCCAACAUUAAUCUCAACCCCCCCCCCCUUAUGAAGCCUCCCCCCACGGACCCUGCAUAGUCCUUAGCGAAUGAAAUGUAAGUGAGACCACACGUAGAUCGACUACACCGUCUCGAUGUAAGCACACAUCUUGAAAACAAAAAUAUGUCAUCAAACUUCAAAGAACCCACCUUACUCGAAACUGUACUUUUUUUUAAAAAUGUUCUAAUUCAACUUGGUUUUAAGACGGAUUAUUAUUAUGAAAACCGACAGUGUCAAUAAUCUGAACAUGGUUUUGAUAACGGCGAAAUUUCUCUUAACAAAACCGGAGUCAAAUUCAACUACAGUCAUAAGAAACGUGUUAGUACAUUAUUACUACCUAUGAUGCGUGUACAUACGAUUUGUAACUAUCUAGUCUAACUAUUGAAUGUCAAGUCCUACGGUGAUACAAGAACAACUAAAUUAUUAUUGUAAUAAUUCCUAAUUGACGAAUUAUCAAUCUCAAACAUUUUUAUUUUACUAUUUCGCUUAUGUCACUGACAUUUUUAAAUAACACGUCUUAAUGAUCAUAAUCACAUUAGGCGGGUUAAUUAGUUUUUGUACAAUUUUUUUUUUGUUAUUCUUUUUAUUACUAACUUGUAAUCGUUUUAAUCGAUAAAAAUGUUUAAUAAUAGUUAUAACCUAUAAGUGUGUAUGUGCUAUGCGAGUAAAGAUACAAUUUGUUUAUAUAAUUUAUUCGGCUUAAUUUAUAAUGGUAAUUACCUAUUAAUGAUUAGGCUAUGAUGAAAACGACACGACGUUCCACUCAAAUAAAUAAUUUUAAUUAUUAUUAUAUUCUAUAAGAAGGCAUCAGCUAAACAUAUUUUUGUGUUUUUAAAAACUUUGUUAAAUUUAUUAUAUAUAUAUAUGUAAUAUUUUU